ACCUAGCUUUGUCCUUUUUCUAUCACUCUGCAUCUUUCUGCAAGACGGUACAUUAAUAAGUCAGGAGUUAGGACCCAGAGAUAUGUUUUAGACUUACAGGACCUGACAGCUCACUGGAAAUCGAUGAAGUGCACUUUAGGAAACAUCACAUUGAAGCGAGAUGGUUGGUGACUAUUUUAAUCUCACUGCAGGUGGUUACUAUCCCCUUGGGUUCUCUUUGGACUUUGAACCACCGUGUUUUCUUUUCAAAACCCCCUUUCCAAUGGAAAUACUCUGUGUUUAAGGAGGAAGAAAUUAUCUUUCCUAAACAGACAUCAUGAUGCUAACAGAUUUUCUGCUGGUGCCUUUGGUCCUCAGCAUCACUCCCUCAGCUGCUGUAGGAUUCAGGUCUAUAGCUGAAAAUGAAGAUGCCCUCCUCAGACAUUUAUUCCAAGGUUACCAGAAAUGGGUUCGCCCUGUCUUAAAUUCUAAUGACACCAUAAAAGUAUACUUUGGAUUGAAAAUAUCUCAGCUUGUAGAUGUGGAUGAAAAGAAUCAGCUGAUGACAACAAAUGUGUGGCUUAAACAGGAAUGGACAGACCACAAAUUACGCUGGAACCCUGAUGAAUACGGUGGAAUUCAUUCAAUCAAAGUUCCAUCAGAAUCUCUCUGGCUUCCCGACAUAGUUCUCUUUGAAAAUGCUGAUGGACGUUUUGAAGGCUCCCUCAUGACCAAGGUCAUCGUCAAAUCGAAUGGAACUGUCAUUUGGACCCCUCCUGCCAGUUAUAAAAGUUCAUGCACCAUGGAUGUCACGUUUUUCCCGUUUGACCGGCAGAAUUGCUCAAUGAAAUUUGGAUCCUGGACUUACGAUGGUACCAUGGUUGACCUAAUUUUGAUAAAUGAAAAUGUCGACAGAAAAGACUUCUUUGAUAACGGAGAAUGGGAAAUACUAAAUGCAAGAGGGAUGAAGGGAAACAGAAGAGAUGGUUUAUAUUCCUAUCCAUUCAUUACUUACUCUUUCGUCCUGAGACGCCUGCCUUUAUUUUACACUCUCUUUCUGAUAAUCCCCUGCUUGGGUCUGUCCUUUCUAACAGUUCUUGUGUUCUAUUUACCUUCUGAUGAAGGUGAAAAACUUUCAUUAUCAACAUCUGUUCUGGUUUCUCUGACAGUUUUUCUUUUAGUAAUUGAAGAAAUAAUUCCAUCUUCUUCAAAAGUCAUUCCACUCAUUGGAGAGUACCUUUUGUUCAUUAUGAUUUUCGUUACCCUGUCCAUUAUUGUUACUGUUUUUGUAAUCAAUGUUCACCACAGAUCUUCUUCCACUUACCAUCCCAUGGCCCCUUGGGUGAAGAGUCUAUUUUUGCAAAAACUUCCUAAAUUACUCUGCAUGAAAGACCAUGUGGAUCGCUACUCUUUCCCAGAUAAAGAUGAGAUUAAACCAGUAGUAAAAGGUAAAGUCCUGGAAAAAAAGAAACAGAAGCAGCUUAGCAAUGGAGAAAAAGUUCUGGUUGCUUUUCUGGAAAAGGCUGCAGAGUCCAUUAGAUACAUUUCAAGGCAUGUGAAGAAAGAACAUUUUAUCAGCCAGGUAGUACAAGACUGGAAAUUCGUAGCUCAAGUUCUGGACCGAAUCUUCCUGUGGCUCUUUCUAAUAGUGUCAGUUACAGGCUCCGUUCUUAUUUUCACACCUGCUUUGAAGAUGUGGCUACAUAGCUACCAUUAGGAACAAGUCUCUAGAACCAUUUAAAAGAUAUACCAUAAAGACAAAAUCACACCUUAGAACUGACAUGUGGCUAGUAUGUACACAGAAUCCACAUGCACAUUCUUAUCCUAAAAGCCGCAGUUGUACAGUCUUCAUAGAAAUUAGUCAUGACUGGUGGGAGGAACCUGAGUAAAUGUGGGUUUGCCCAAGUUGAUUGGUGACCACUGAAGUGAGUUGGUUUUACAGAAGUCAAGAAGGCCUCCAAGUCAUGCCGCUCGUGUGGGUAGGCCUCUCCUGCAUCUACUCAUCUUCCUGGGGUCUGUGUGAGUAGCAAACUGGGGCCUUGUGGUACUUCUCUAGCAAUGUGGAUGAGCAAAUCUCAGCAAUUGGUUUGAGGAAUUAUUCUAGUCCAACCACACCUGGCACAGCACACUUAUUAUUACACAGAUUCCAGAUUCCCUCAAAUGUGACAUCUGUUAAAAGAUGAACUUGAUUGGAUAAGAUAGACCUCUAAGGCAGGUGUUAUUUGUGGUUUAUUCAUAGCAUUAUAGAGCUUUUACUAAUGGUGAAAGUAGAGCCCGCUAUCAGUUAUGACUUGCUUUAAAAUCAUAUUGAAAUAAUUUACAACAGAAGCAAAGUCAUCUGCUACCAGAAGUGCAUCCAUUAAUACCCAUUUAUCACUUCCUAGGAAAGUACUGCAUAUUCUCUGAUAAUGGUCUUUGAUGUCUCCUCAUCUAAUGGAAUCUUUUCCAACAGAGUCCUCUAUGUUUGCCAAUCUGUUCCGUGUGUGUCCCUUCCCUGAGUCUGUAGUUCACCCCCGACCCCCAUCACUCCUCUUAAGACUCAUGAGGAAAUGUCUAUUCAGAUUGGUUUUGCUAUCACUGCCAUCAAAUCCUUCUGAACUUUAGCUUAAAGCAAUUUUCUCCUUGCCCAGUUAUAAAUCCAAAUUCCACCAAGCAUAGUGCAACAUGCCUGUAAUCCCAAAGACAGGAGGAUGAAGCAAGAGAAUUUCAGUCCAGGUGAGCCUCAGUAAUUUAGCAAAACCCUUGACAACUUUACAAGACCCUGUCUCAAAAUAAAAAAUAAAAAGGACUGGAGUUGUAGCUCAGGGGUGCAACAUCCCUGGACUCAAUCUCCAGUAGCAAUAAAUAAAUAAAUUCAAAUCCUUUUCUGGAGUACUUAGGCAUGCAUGAUUUUUUUUUUCCUGCUGGGCAUUGAUCCCAGGGGUGCUUAGCCACUGAGCCACAUCCCCAGCCCCUUUUUGUAUUUUAUUUAGAAACACAUUCUCACUGAGCUGCUUAGUGCCUUACUAAAUUACUGAGGCUGAGUUUGAACUCAUGAUGCUGGAUUUGAACUCACGAUGCUCCUGCCUCAGCCUCUGAAGUUGCUGGGAUUACAGGUGUGGGCAUAGUAUGCAUGGCUUUUGUAAACAACUUGUAGCCUGAACUUUAAAAAAAACCCAAUCUAUCCAGGCAUAAUGGUGCACACCUGUAAUACACCUGUAAUCCUAGCAACUUGGGAGGCUGAGGCAGGAGGAUCACAGAUUCAAAGCCAGCUUUGCAACUUAGAGAGACCCUGUCUCAAAAUUAAAAAGGGUGGGGAAUAUUGCUCAGUGGUUAGGUGCCCCUGGGUUCAUUCCCUGGUACAAACCCCCCCAAAAACAAAAAACGUAACAAUUUAAGGAUUUAACCCAUUCACAUAUAUUAUUCACAUAUGUUGAUACUAUUGUGUUUAGUUUCACUCAUGCAAUUUUUGUUCUCUGUAAUAUUUUCUCCUUUUCUCCCCUCCUUUUCAGUCAUAAUUGAGUUUGUUCCUUAAUGGUUGAAGUUUAUAUGUCCACUUCUAUUAAUUUAUUAAUAAAUAUUUCAAGAUUUUGCUAUCAAUACUGAGAAUCACUGUCUGUAGCUACCACUUUCUAAACAAAAUGAGACCUUUAGCACCUUUCUUUAUCACCUUCCAUGUUUUAUCAAAAUCAUCCAAAAUUUUAACUCCAGAUUAUUAUUUUUAAUAUUAUGUGUCACCUUUCUUAAGAAUAAUUUAUUGACAAGAUAGCUUGUCUACAACCACAUUAUAAAUAAUUUUCUUUGUUUACCAUUUUUUAAAAUCCUGUUUUCCUCUUUCUCUGAUUUCAGAGGAACAUGUCUUCAAGUAAUUUUUCUUUUUUUUAAGAAGAGGUCUUGCUAUGUUGUCCAGACUGGUUUUGAACCCCUGACUUCAAGUGAUAAUCCUGUUUCAGCCUCCUGAGUACCCGGGAGUACAACUAUAUACCUCCACAUGCAGCGCCAAGUAAUUAUUUUAGGAAGUUUUUGAAUGUGGUAACCUUUCUGAGUUCUUAUAUUUCUGAAACUAUAAUUUCUUUUGUCCCCACACUUGAAUGAUAGAUUGGCAGAGCAUGGAAUUCUAGUUCAAAAUCAUUUUCCUUUAGAACUUUGAAGACAUUAUUUUUUAAUACUCCGUGUAAACAGUGAGAGACAUAGUGAGAGACAGGAAAUAAAGAAAUCAUGAAAAUUUUCUUUUUUUAUUUCUUUAAUUAUUUCCUGUCUUCCAUUCUCUCUCUCCUUUCAUUUUGAGAUUUCUAAUAGAUCUUGGUAUUACUUGCUCUGUCCUCCAUGCUUAUUAACUUACUAACUUUGCUUUCAUACUUUUUAGUUCUUUAACUCUUUACAUUGUCAGCUUGAUGAUGACAGCCAACAAAUUUGACCUUCAAGUCAUGGUCUCUUCUGCUAUGCAGCCCACUUCCUGAGAUGGGGUUUUUGUUUGUUUCUUUGUAGAUCAAUCAUAUAUUUGAUUUUCAAGAACUCUGAUUCUUUAUGGAUGUCAUAUUCUCUGAAAUAUUUGGGAAAAUACUAUUUAUAGUUACUGUGAAGUAUUUUGUUGUCUGCAUAAAUUUUUCCUCAGGGGUUAAUUCUUCUGUUGACUUUUGAUACUUUUUUUUGUGUUCAUUUUAUUCUAAUAUUUGGUGAUUUUUAAUAGUGAAAACUAUAAUUACAGGAAACUUGGCUUCUGUCAGCAUGGGGAAGCUUUUCUUUCUGGGUCUAAUCGGCCAUUUCUCUAGGGUUUGUCAGUGGCUUAUCUUCUACUUUGGGAGUUACCCUGUCCUUGAUAGUAGCCAUAAGUAAUCUUGGGCACUGCCCUGAUUCUUUUGAUCCAGUGCCCACUCUGCUUUCUCAUAUGUUCGAGUGACCAUAUUUGUGGUGAUGGACAAAACACAUUACGAAAAUACAGAGGUAUUGUAGCUGUCCCUUGGUCUUUCCCUGACUUACUAAUUCCACUUCUCCUACCUAUAAUUCCAAGACUCUCUUGCCUAUAAUCUUAGCAUUCUUUGGGGUAUUUGCUAGAAAAAUUCUUUGGCAGCCCCCUCUUUGCUUUAUGGAACACAAAAUCCACUGCUUAAUUAGAUUUUUACCAUACAUCUCACCUCAUUCCCUGCCAGUCUGGUCUACGAAGGUAUCUUAGCCCACUUUCCAUGACUCUUUUGAACUUGUAACAUUCAUUUUUAUUUUGUUUCUUCUGAAAUAGUAAUAGAAUUUGAAG